UAGGACCCGGAGUCCCCGGCCCCACACACAACUCUGCCGGGUUGGAGCGGGGCGAGGCGGAGCCCCAGGCUGCUUUGCUGGCUUUGCUCAGUUCGCCGGCUUCCACGCUGCUUCCUCUCCACUUCCUCCGCCUUUCCCUUCCCUCUGGGCCCCACCUCCCCCCAACCCCGCCCCGGCUCUGCUGCCCCGGCCCCAGCAGGAAGCGGCUCUUUCUGCUCUUUCGUCUGGUCCCUCCCCAGCCGGCCUGCGCCCCUGCAUCCCAGGUCCUGGGCGCCUCUGCUCCGGUCCCCUAUUGGCUGCCCCCAUGGCAGCCACUGCUUCCCAGAAUCCUGCCCAUGGACUCUUUGAGAACUUUCUGCAGGCCCAGCUGUGCAAGGAUGUGCUCAGCAGUUUCCAAGACCUCUGUAUGUGUCUGGGCCUGGAGCCUGGUGGGAGGCUGUCCUUGUAUCACAAGCUCAAGGCUGAGCUCAACUACUGGAAUGCUAAGAGCCUGUGGGCCAAGCUGGAUAAGCGGGCCUCCCAUCCUGUUUAUGAGCAGGGGAAGGCCUGUGCCAACACUCAGUGCCUGGUGGUAGGAGCAGGGCCCUGUGGACUUCGAACAGCUGUGGAGCUGGCCCUGCUGGGGGCCCGAGUGGUACUUGUGGAGAAGCGUACCAAGUUCUCCCGCCACAACGUACUCCACCUCUGGCCCUUUACUAUCCAAGACCUGAGGGGGCUUGGUGCCAAGAAGUUCUAUGGGCGCUUCUGCACGGGCACCCUGGACCACAUCAGUAUUCGUCAGCUUCAGCUGCUCCUCCUGAAGGUGGCAUUACUUCUAGGAGUGGAGAUUCAUUGGGGGGUCACCUUCACAGGCCUCCUGCCCCCAUCUCACAAGGGGAUUGGCUGGAGAGCACAGCUCCAGCCCAGCCCCCCUGACCAACUGGCCCAGUAUGAAUUUGAUGUUCUCAUCUCUGCUGCUGGCAGUAAAUUCAUUCCUGAGGGUUUCUCAGUCAGAGAAAUGAGAGGCAAACUGGCCAUUGGCAUCACGGCCAACUUUGUGAAUGGACGCACAGUGGCUGAAACCCAGGUGCCAGAGAUCAGCGGUGUGGCUAGAAUCUACAAUCAGAGCUUCUUCCAGAACCUGUUCAAAGCCACAGGCAUUGAUCUGGAAAACAUUGUUUACUACAAGGAUGACACCCAUUACUUCGUGAUGACUGCCAAGAAACAGAGUCUCCUUCGUCUGGGAGUGCUUCGUCAGGACUUUGCAGACACAGAUCAGCUUCUGGGCCGGGACAACAUAGUACCGGAGGCCCUACACCGCUUUGCCCGUGCUGCUGCUGACUUUGCCACCCAUGGCAAGCUAGGCAACCCAGAGUUUGCCUGUGACGCUCGUGGCCGGCCCGAUGUUGCCGCCUUCGACUUCACAAGCAUGACAAGAGCGGAGAGCGCUGCACGGGUGCAAGAGAAGCAUGGGUCCCGAGUGCUGCUGGAGCUAGUGGGAGACUGUCUGGUGGAGCCCUUUUGGCCGUUGGGCACUGGGGUGGCCCGUGGCUUCUUAGCAGCCUUUGACGCAGCCUGGAUGGUGAAGCAGUGGGCAGGGGGUACUCAGCCCCUCGAAGUUCUGGCGCAGAGGGAGAGCCUGUACCAGCUCUUAUCACAGACCUCCCCUGAAAACAUGCAUCGCAACAUAGCCCAGUAUACCCUAGACCCGGCUUCUCGAUAUCCCAACCUGAAUCUCCGCUCUGUGACUCCCCAACAGGUCCGAGAUCUUUAUGAUACAGAGGGCAAGCAGCUAGAGCGGAGGAGGAGUGACAAGACAGAUUCGACAAAGCUGCCUGCUGCUGGACAGGCAGGCACCCAGGAGGAGCUGCUUCUCUGGUGCCAGAAGCAGACAGCUGGAUACCCAGGUGUUCAGGUCACAGACUUCUCGUCCUCUUGGGCUGAUGGGCGGGCACUUUGUGCUUUGGUGCACCGGCUCCGACCCAGUUUGCUUGACUUCUCUACCCUGCAAGGGGCUGGAGCUCUAGAGACCACAGCCUUGGCAGUCAAGCUGGCCGAACAAGAGUUGGGCAUCGCACCGGUGAUCUCUCCACAAGUGCUGGUGGCUGGAAGUAAUCCACUGGGUCUCAUUGCCUACCUCACCCAUUUCUACAGUGCCUUUGGAAGGACUCCUCAUAGCCCAGGUCCCGUUUGUCCCCUCUCUUCCGGGACUGCCAGUGCUGUCCUGUUCCUGAGCAAGCUGCAGAGGACACUGCAGAGGAACCAUUCCCAGGAGAAUGGAGAGGACAGCGGUGGCAAGAAGCCUCGGAUAGAGUCCGAGGCCAAGAUGCCAAGUCCCACUGAACCCACCCUCCUGCAGCCAAUAACUCCACUGAAUCCUCUGCCAGCAGACCAAGAGGCGGAGGCUAGUGACUUGUGCUCCUUGUGUGGGGAGCGUCUCUACAUCCUGGAGCGAAUCUGUGCGGAUGGCCGCUUCUUCCACCGGAGCUGCUUCCACUGCCACAGCUGUGAGGCCCCUCUGUGGCCAGAAGGUUACCGGCAGCACCCUGAAGAUGGCCACUUCUACUGCCUCCUACAUUUCCCUCAGUCUGACAGCAUAAAUGUCUGUGAUGAUCAGGCCCCCAAAGAACAGGAACCUCCUGGUAAGAAUGAAGAAAAAGAAGGCACGGCAGUGUCCCCCGUGGCACCCACGACUCCCCAGGAGAUGGAAGGUCCUCCUAAGAAGCCUUCAAGAAAACUGAUCAGACUCUCCAGCCCUGAACGCCAGUGGCUGUCGUCACUUAACCUUAACCAGGAUGCUGAGGUGGAAGGACCCCCCAAACCUCCUCGAAGUUGUUCUGUCUUGGCACGUCAGGCCCUAGAGGGCAGCUUUGCAGGUUGGGGAGCGCCUGUCCAGAGGUUACCACAAACCUUGCUUUCUCCCUCAUCAGAACUCCUUAGCACAGUUGCUUCAAAUAUGGAGGAGGAGGAAGAUGAGGGUGCCUCCUCCAGUGAGGAAGAAGAAGGAGAGGAAGAAGACCUGGUUUUAACCUUCUCUGUAGAACAGACCCUACUGAACAUUGCCAAGAAUUCGGGCACCAUGGAGAAGUACCCAACAUGGCGGCGGACAUUGCUGCGCAGAGCCAAAGAGGAAGAGAUGAAAAGAUUCUGCAAGGCCCAGGCCAUUCAGCGACGUCUUAAUGAGAUUGAAGCUACACUUCGAGAAUUCGAGGCAGAGGGCAAGAGGCUGGAGUUAUCUUUGAGGAGCCAAAGCAGCUCUCCAGAACAGGAGAAGAAACUGUGGGUAGAAAAACUGCUUGACCUCGUUCAAAAGAAGAACAGUUUGGUGGCAGAGGAAGCUGAUCUCAUGAUCACGGUCCAGGAGUUGGGCCUAGAAGAGAAGCAAUGGCAGCUGGACCAGGAGCUGAGAAGCUACAUGGACAGGGAAGAGGCCCUGAAGACAGCCACAGAGAAGCAGGCUGAAGAACAAAUGUUGAAGCAGCUACUAGACGUGGUGAAACAGAGAGACGCCCUGAUCCGCUUCCGUGAGGAGUGUCGGCUCAGUGAGCUAGCACAGGGGGCUGGGGACCAAGGAUGAGGGGGUCCCUGCUGUUGCUGCUUUCACUGCCAAACUUCCCCAAGGUACUACCUGGGCUCCUCCGUGCAGCUUAGCUGGGCCCUGGCUCUGGAUUCCACGGGCGUUCUUGGCCAUGUUCAACUGGGCCCCUGGGAGACCCGCCACAUGCCAGCAAUAAA